AUGGAGUCCCAGGAUGAGAAUGCCCAGAUGUCUAGCUCUCCCGAUUCCAAACCCGUGAUAGCUGGACCUUCAGAUUCCAAACCCGUGAUAGCUGGACCUUCAGAUUCCAAGCCUGUGAUUGCUGGACCUUCAGAUUCCAAGCCCGUGAUUGCUACGACCUCAGCUCCCCCAACCGAAAAUGCCAAGGUGUUGCCUCCUGAGGAACUGAAUGGGGAGGAACCGAAUAUGGAUUGGUUUAAUGAAGAAAUCGAGAAAACACUGGAAGCCAAAGACAAAGAUGAGCCAAAGGACGAAUUGGCCACUGACCGACCCUCCUGGGCCAAUAAGGUUGAGUACCUCAUGGCCCAGGUGGGCUACUCUGUUGGGCUGAGCACCAUCUGGCGCUUUCCUUAUCUGUGUCUUCACAACGGAGGUGGGAGCUUUAUCAUCGUCUACAUCCUUAUGCUGAUUUUGGUCGGAUUUCCUCUCCUCGUGAUGGAGAUAGCAGUUGGUCAGAGGAUGCAUCAGGGCAGCAUUGGUGUGUGGAAGAACAUGAGCCCCUGGUUUGGUGGUGUGGGGUAUAGCAGCUUCAUGGUGUGCUUCAUCGUGGGCUUGUACUAUAGUGUGCUCAUGGCUUGGAGUCUCUACUAUUUGGUUCAGUCUUUCCAGUCUCCCCUGCCGUGGUCAUUGUGCCCCUUAACGAAGAACUCCAGUUUUGAUCCUGAAUGUUCACGGACAACAUCCACCACAUACUUCUGGUACCGGCAUGUGCUGAAGACCACAGAUGAAAUUGAGUUGGGUGGGCUACCGAUCAUGCAUCUCUCUGUCUCUCUACUUGUGUCCUGGUUAAUUAUCUGCAUCUGUAUGAUCAAAGGGCUCAAGUCCACUGGGAAGGUGCCAUCCCUGUACUCUGUGGACGUGUGGCGCCGGACAGGGAACCAUCUCUUUUUGUCCAUGGGCUCCGGCUUUGGCAGCUUCACUGCAAUCAGUUCAUACGUCCCUCGGUCCAACAACUGCAUCAUGGAUGCCUCUGCCGUGGCUCUUCUCAACCUCAUUAUCUCCGUGACGGCCACGCUGUUUGUAUUUGCCACGUUGGGCUACUUGGCCACCGAGAACAGUGAGAAAUGUUACCUGAAGAAUGCUGAGAGAAUGAUGAACCUGGUCACGGCGGGCGUGCUGCCUCCUGAGCUCCGCCUCCCAGAGAGCCUGUAUCAGCAUAUGAGCUACACCUACCCCAGGUGGUUUGGCAACCUCCCUGAAGGAGCCAAACUCGUGGCCCUACCCUACUUGUCCAAUUGUGACUUACCUGAGCAAUUAAAGGAGGUUAUGGAGGGGCCGGGUGUGGCCUUUGUGGCAUUUACUGAAAUCAUCGCUGUGUUUUCUGGAUCCACCUUCUGGGCCAUCAUCACCUUCGUGUUUCUGGUGACCAUGGGGCUGAGCACCAUGCAAGGGAUCCUGCAGGGCAUCAUCACCCCGCUCCAGGACACCUUCUCCUGCCUUCGGAGGCACACAACCCUGCUCACAGUGGGUGUCUGCGUGGCCAUGUUCCUGGGCAGCUGCUUCUUCGUGCAGCCCUCCGGCAGCUACUACGUGAACCUGCUGGAUGACUACUGGGCCUCUCUGCCCCUCUUCCUCAUUCUCAUCUUGGAGAAUGUGUCCAUGGCCUGGAUCUAUGGGGCCCGGAGGUUCCUUGCCGACUUGAUUAUCAUAUUGGGGCGCCCCAUCUCCCCCAUUUAUCGUUGGCUAUGGUGCUUUGUGUCUCCAUUUGUGCUGCUGGUCCUGUUUGUAAUCAUCCUGAUUCAUCUGUAUGUGAGGCCGAUCACUUACAUGGCCUGGAACUCCAGCAUCUCAAACGAAGUGCUCCAUAAUUAUCCGCCGUGGGGGAAAGUCUUGCUCGCCCUGCUCACUGUCUUCACCAUCCUGCCCAUCCCUGCCUACUUCUUGUACGCCCUCCUGAAACGGACCUCCCCAGCCUCCACGAGGCACGACAGGGACACCGAUUUCUUAAGACGUAAAAGUAAAGCAGAGAAGAAGAAGGCCCGCCCUCGGCUUCACGUGGGGCAAAGCCUAAAGAAGAUGAAUAAAAACAGAUAA